AUGGCUACCCCGAAUGUUCUCACCUUUGACGCUGAGGGUCGGGCUGUUGACUUUGAGUCUGGUGCCUCUCCUGCCCCUGCUGCUGAUGGUGACGCCACUAUUCGCUCGCAGUGGGCCACGCGCGAUGCCGCUGCACGCCUUGCUGUGCGCCGCCACUUACCGACCGCUGAGCGCGCGCAUUUUAGUCAGUACAAGAGUGCUAAGACCUUGUACGACGCUGUAGUUGCACGCUACUCUUCCCCUGCCACUGCUGCCCUUAGCCGCCUCAUACUGCCGUACCUCUUCCCUGACCUCGCCGCUUUUCCCACAGUCGCUGACCUCAUUACGCUCCUUUGCACUAGUGACAUUCGCUACCGCGCUGCGCUUCCUGCUGAGUUCUGUGCCAAGAACCCCCCCCUUAUGGGUGCUCCCCCUCCCCCCUCUUGCCCUCUGUUGCCUCUGCUGCUGCGGCCGACCUCGUUGGUCUUGAGUCGGUCGGCGCGGCGUCUGCCCCUAGCGGGAGACGCCGCACCGGCAAGGGCAAGGGGGGCAAGGGCGCUGGAGGAGCUGGCGGGGGCGGUGGAGGCGGCGGUGGAGGCGGCGGAGGGGGUGGGGGUGGCGGUGGGAGUGGUGGCGGGGGUGGGGGCUCUAGUGGCGGCAGUGGAGGCGGCAGUGGUGGCGGUGCGAGCAGAGGUGGCGGAUGUGGAGGCGGUGGUGGAGGUAGCGGCGACGGAGUUGGAGCUGGUCGGGGCGGCUCUGCGCAGCGGGUCGGCUCCGGUGGUGGUCAGCGCCAGCAGCAGCAGCAGCGCACUCGUAAGACCCCGUCCCCCCAGCAGCUUCGUGAGUGGUACACUGCGCGUCAGCGGGGUGGGGGUGCUGGCCCCUGUACCUACGUCCUACGUCCUGCAGGCGCAGACCACCACCAGAGCCACUCCUCUGCGCAGAGCCGCGACCAGCUCCACCGCCACCUCCGCCGCCUCCACCACCUCCGCCGCCUCCGCCACCGCCGCUGCCUCCGCUCCCUCCGCCACCACCGCCGCCUCCUUCGCCUCCACUGUUGCCACCGACACCUCCACCCCCGCCACCACUCCCACCACCACCCCCACCCCCUCCACUGCCUCCACCACCACCUCCACCGCCCCCACUGGCCCCCCCAGCGCCCUUGCCCUCCUUGCCCUUGCUGGUGCGGCGCUUCCCGCUAGGGACAGACGCAGCGCCGACCGAAUCGAAGCCAACGAGUUCGGCCGCAGCAGCAGAAGCAACAGAGGGCAAGAUGGGGGAGGGAGAACACCCCUCAAAGACGGGGGGCCCGGGCGCGCCGGAAGGAAGGGCGGCUCGGCGGCUCGGCUGGUGGGCGGCUCGGCGGCGCGGCUGCUGGGCGGCGCGGCGGCUCGGCGGCUCGGCUGCAGGGCAGCUGGGCGGCUGGGCGGCUGGGCGGCUCGGCUGCUGGGCGUCUGGGCGGCUGGGCGGCUCGGCAGCUCGGCUGCUGGGCGGCGCGGCGGUUCGGCGGCUUGGCUGCUGGGCGGCUCGGCGGCUCAGUUGUUGGGCAGCUCGGCGGCUCGGUUGUCGGGCGCCUCGGCUGCUGGGCUGCUGGCGGCGUUGAAGGUGCCGGUAGAGACGGCGACGGGGCCGUGA